UACUAAUCUAAAUCAUAAGAUUGUUGAAGCUAGAUCUACAAGUUACAAGGCUACAUAUUUAGAUCUAGAUCUAGGCUUUAGGAUCUCUAGAUCUAGAGUCUUGAGUGUAUUUAAAAGCGUAAUUUUAUGUGGCUAAAGUAGAAUUCUAGGUCAUGGCAUCCCUUGGACCUGGAGGAACCUUACAACUUGAUCAGAUCUGUAAACUUUUAGAAGCUCCUGACACAUACAGUGAAAUCAGAGGGACUAUCUUGGAUAACCUCAAAUCAAAUACUGGUAAAGAAUCAUGGUUGACAUGUGGACUGGUGGACUACUACUUCAAUUCACUUUCACAGAAGACUCAAGACAUUCUUUCAGAACUUCGAGACCUUCAAGCUAAGGUACUCAUUGAGAAACUAACUGAUGCCAUUAAGACAUCUGAACACAGACUGCCAGCUCUGCAACUAGUCCUGUACUUGGCCUAUAAAGAGCUGCCGUGGUGUCACAUGCUGAUGGACUCUCCAAUUAUACAGUCACUCAUCAAGUUUUUAAAGUCUGAUAAUGAUGCUGCAGUACUUAUGACAAGUCUGAUGAUCCUUGUCAUCCUACUGCCCUCAGUUCCAGAUAGUAUUGUCAACCACUUGCAUACUAUAUUUGAAAUAUUUGGUCGCCUGGCAACAUAUUGUAGCAAAAAGCCAGCCAGUACAUCAGAAGCUUAUCUUGUUCACAUCCAUGUUGGACUGUACAGUUUAUUCAACAGACUCUAUGGAAUGUAUCCCUGUUUGUUUCUGGCAUUCCUGAAUAAAUUUUGUACAGCUAAAGAAAAUAUUCAUGCCUAUGAAGAGAUCAUUAUGCCAAUGAUAGAGAGAGUCCGUCUCCAUCCAAGACUUAUAACAGGACUGAAGGACACAGAAACAUCAAAGAACAGGUGGAAGGACCAAGAGACUCAAGACAUCGUAGUCAACUGUUCUAAGUUUUCACUAGACCUGAUUGAAGCAUCAUGGGAAGACUCUCCACUUCCAUUUUUUAAAUCAGCUGGGAAGUCUGAGAAUUAUGCUAAGAAAACUUUAACAGAUAACUCAAAGGCUGCUGUGAAAGAUAUUGAGGAUACAACCCCAAACAGUUGUAAAGAGGGAGUCUCCACAGUUGCGAUGCUUGUGCCCACUAUUGACCCCAGCUAUGUGGGAGAGAGUCCAUCUGUGUUGAUCGGCCUGUCCACUCCACCCUCGUCACAACGCACCACACCAGCAGCUAGUUUUAUAGAACCUGUUUCUAGCUCAGCUGGACCUCUAGACACACCAGAGCUGACUCCACGGCUACAAACACCAUCCCACUGGGAGGAUGGAGACAAAACUCCUCAGACUGGAUUUAAGAAUAUACCCUGUUCUUCUGAUGGAAAGAAAGCAGGCCACCUACUUCUGACAACAACUCCAGUGUCACAUGAUCUGAAUUCACCAAACAUUUUACAGUCGGACAUUUCUUCAUUCAGUUCUAAAACAAGUGCAUUUGGAGCACCGACUCCCAACCCAAGUGCUGCAGUUCGAAGUCUGUUGUUUAAUUCUCCCCAAGAAGACAAACAGGAAGCAGAUAAAAGAGAGUCCCAUUUUAAAACAGCAUUCCAAGAUUCUUUGAAACUACAACCAGAGAAUGAGGAUGUCAGGAAGUCUUCAGACAAUUCUAAUACUUCCUUUUUAUUGGAUUCCUUGCCACAAGUCAUAAGCACUCUGAUUACACCUGAUACAGAUAUUCUUGAUAAGGAAGUUGCUAAUAUUACAGAGAAAGAGGACCACUUUGAAACCAGCAGUCCUUCAUCUUCUAUAACUACAAUGACCUCACAGACAGAUGUAACAGCUGAGUCAGUCAGACAGUUUAUGAAGAAAGUCAACAGAAUUAGAUUCAAUAGUCUGACUUCCAACUCUUCUUCUGACUAUGAUGCUGUGUCCAUCCCACAAGGGAUAGUAAAUUUGGGCUCUCAUCGACCCAGGUCAUGCCCACCAUUCAAACGCCAGCUUCUCCAGCCUACAGCAAGAGGGAGAGGCAGUGACAAGAAGCAGGCUUCGGCAGGAGACAAUUUUGUAUCUAGAGGUUACAAUAGACAGUCAAGUAUGUUUGACCAAAUACGGCAAAGAGAUGGUGCAAAAAACACCAGCUAUAUGGAGACUUCCAUGGAAAGACAAUCAGCUCAAAAGAAUUGUUCAGAGUACAGAGGAAAUGAAAUGUGUGGGUUACCUCCCAUUCCUGCCCUCUUCAAUCCAGUCAUACAGUAUAUAUUUGCUCCAUCCACACUGACAGUGUGUAGCCAUUGUCACAAGCAGCUAGUUGUCACACACAGUCAUAUGGCAUGUGAUGGCACAACAAUUGUCACUUACAAAGGUAAUGAAGUUCCAUUGUUUAAUACGAUACCUCCCCCUGAACUUCUGGACAAACAUAUCCGACUGGGCAGCGACACACACAAGAAGGAACUGACCAAUGUGCCCUUAAUAGCUAAAGACUCAACCAACUGGACACACUUUGGUGGACAUCCACCAGCAGAUGAAAUCAAAAUUUUAAAGAAUCAGAUCCUGAUGGUUCAAAAUCAACUCAUGUUUGAGAGGCACAAGUCAGUCAACCAUGACAAGAGAAACCGUCGCUUACUUCGUAGGAUAGCUGAUGUCAGAGCUUUAGAAGAACAGCAGAAAACUUUGUUGAAUCAAGUUCGGCUUCAUGAAGAGACAAUACAGAAUUUAAAUGUUUGCAUUAAACUGUUAGAAGAAGACAACAGACGGAUGAAACAGAUGCAGGAAUCUGAUGACUAUGAGAGACUUAUUCAGUACAGGUUAGCGUUGAAAGGAAAUAAAGAUUUAAAAGCUUCCAAUGAAGCUCUGAAAAGUUUACUUCUGACACAGAAAGAAGAUUAUGACAAACAACAAAAGAACUUGGAAAAUGUUCAGCAUAAAUAUCUAGAAGCUGAGAAAGAAUUACAGAUGUGUAAAGAGAGACUAGGGAAAGCAGAACAUUUAAAGGAAAAAGUGUUUCAGCUUCAGAAAGAGAUUCUUUUGAUGCAAGAGUUAUACCAGAAGUGUCAAGAGAAACUUAAUUUCAGCAAGACAUCAGCUAGCUUCAAAUUGGAAGAGUCUUAUCUGAUUAAAUCUUUGAAUGCAGAACUGGAAGUGCUAACAAAGGAAAACAAAAAGAGGAACAACUUGUUAGAAGCUUAUCAGAUGAGAACUGCAGAGUUAGAGGCAAUUUUGAAGGCUAAGGAGACUGCUGUGAUUGAAAUCAAACAUGGGUUUGAAGAAAUACAAAGUGUUUAUAAUGAGAAACUAAAGGCUGUUGAAGACAGAUGUAAAAGUAUGAUCAACAUCAACCAACUACUAGAAGGGAAGUGCAUGGACCUGUUGGCUAAAUUGGAUAAGGCCACACAUAAGAUGAAAUUAGAAGCAGUGACUAGCGAGCCACAAUCUAGAGGUAGGACCACUGCACCAGGGUCAGGCACCAUAAAGGACCAGGUGGUGGUAAAACAUGGCCGGGACAGUCCAGUGGCACAAGAGAGGCUCAGCACCCAUUCUGAUAGCUCUAACCUUUCCACUAAUGUUUCUGUUCCUGCAAGCUCUAGUACCGACUGUGCGACAGUAGUGGUAGCGAAUGAAGAGGUAUCUGUUGCCAGCUCCUUUUUCAGUGAACCAAACCUGACCCCAUUACCACGAAAUUUAAUUAACAAUCAUCGAAAUCCAGAUGGUAUGUCAGAUUCAGGAGCUGCUAGCAGAUCUUCAUACAGAGGAGACAGUGAUGGCUCAAUUCAUAGUUUUAUUACUGGGGACAGUGGCUUAUGAAGCUAUUGGUUUUUUUUUUAUUUGUGAUAUAUAAAUAUAUGUGUUUGACUUGAUUAUGAUUGAAGUGUUAAGCAUUUGGUGAAUACAUUGUAAUACUUCCCAUUAUGUCUCUAAGAAAUGUGUCUCAUACAUUGAAGAUCAGCUUUUAAAGUUUCUUUCAUGUUGUACAAUAUGUCUUUGGGACAAUGUGUCAGGUAGUUUUAUUGAUAAAUGUGUUCAUUGUUUAACACUACAUAAAACCUAGUAACUUACUAUUAUAGUAAUAAUAAUCUUUAUAUAUAUUUAUGUUGACCAUCCCAAGGUUGUGCAAUACAGUCAAUUGCUGACCUCAUCAUGUCUUUGUAUUCCAUCCAAUUAACACUAUUUGUAAUUAAAUACUCAAUUCAGACUUACAGCGUGCCUUUAGUAUUAAAAUCUGGUUUGAACUGGUUCACUUCUAGAGCAUUGAACAUUGAAGGCUUUAAGUUGUUGAAAGAAUGUGGUUUAUUCACCAACCUUGUGGAAUAAAUGAAUCGACCAACUUGUAUGGUGUCUUCAUUCGAUUGAUAAAGUCAAUCUGUGUACUACUGGUAUAGUUAAUUCUUUUUAAACGAUGUUAAGGUUAUGUUGUUAAAAUUGAAAAGAACAGUCCAUAGGUCUGUACAAUUUAAAACUGCAUUCUGUAUGAGUAGUGUUUGGACAGCACUGUGACCAAUUACUUUGACCUUUCUGUAUGGUGGGUAUUUGAGUUGAAUGAGCUCCCUAAAACUUCAGUGUAUGUUACUUAAUUAUCCUAAGAAUUGAGCAUGGGUCAUUUAAUUUUGCUAAUUAUGGCUGCAUCACUACAACCUUUUUGUUGCAGCACUCAAGAGUUCAAGUUCAUAAAACUAGAUCUUAGUUUUUGUAAGUUUUAUUUAACAUGUAUAUGAAGCUGUACUAGUGAAUUUGAGCAAAAUUUCAUUUUCUGUGAACCUUUAGAAUUUCCUGCCCCCUGCUUUGAUUUCUCCUUUUAAAAAACCAGUUACAAUUUAGAUAAGGAUUUCUACACCUAUAUCUAAUUCACAAUUACUCAAGAGCUAUGUGAGAUGAACUCGGUCCUCCUAUAGUGCCCUGGCGAGAAACUCUGCUAUUCAGCCUAGUGCCUCUUAUCUGCCAUACAGCUCUAGUGACACUGCAGAUCUGUCACCCUACAGCUCUAGGAACUGCGGAAACUCAUGCAAGAUUUUUGUCUUAAACCAGAUCUGUUCACCUUUUUAUCUUCAGAGAUGUAGAAUUAGCUUGUUGCCUAAUUAAACUCUAAAAAAAAGGAGAUGUCAACACUGAUCUAGAUAGUUAUUUUAAUAGAUCACCCCCCUCCCUCCCUGAAUCCUGAGAUCAGUUGAAAAGUUAUUGGUAAUUGUGUUGGAUAUAAUAAUAGGCCAUAGGUUAUAGGUAAAUGUUUUCUUUACCUACUUGAUACAGCAUGUAGAGCUACAUUGCGAUAAAAGCGACUUUUGUCUCAGCGUAUUAAGUCUUGAUAUAAAUUUCAUGACAAAGUUUUGUUAAUUGAGCAUUUUGUUGGGUCUAGAUUUACCCCUCCUCCCCCCCCACCAAACUUGGUUUUUAGAUAAGUAUCUUGAAGAACAAGUUUAUGGCUGUGAAUUAGUUGGCACUGUUUCUCACAAUAAGUUUCUUCUUCUUUUUAGGUUCAACAAUGACCAUUCCUUGAAGUGAGCUGAGUAGCUCAGACUUCUCAAAGUUAAUAGAAUGCUAUACAAUUGUUGUUUUAGCAUUUGUAUUCUUUUCAAGAAUUAUCAAUGAAACAGACAUUGUUUUAAUUUUUAUCUUUAAAUUCUUUCUAUUUUUCCUUUUUCAGACUUUUCCCCUCCCCCCUAUUCCUGUAGGCUGCUGGGAAUGAGAAGGAAAAAAUGUCUGUUCGUUUUUAGGGCAAAUUAAGAGGCAGGGGAGGACUCAAAUGUAAAAAAAAAACAAUUGAUGACUAUAAUAUGCCCCACCAAAGAUUAGUACUAAGUUUUAUAUGUAG